AUGAGACGCUAUAUCACCGAUUACCUGAAGACCUGCACUGAGUGUCAGCGUUAUAAGUCUUCCAACUUGAAACCGCCUGGCUUACUCCAGACUCCGGUACCGGCUCAACGAUUCGAGGUCAUUGCCGUCGAUCUCUUUGGACCGUUACCCAAAGGACCUCAGGGUGAAAGGUGGAUUUUGAUAGUGGAGGACACUGCUAGUAAGUGGGCCGAACUGUUUGCUCUAACCGAGGCCACAGCCGAAACCUGUGCGAAAACUCUUGUUAGUGAAAUCUUUAUGAGGUAUGGACUACAUAGACGGAUGAUCUCCGAUAACGGUGUCCAGUUUGUGGCUGAUGUUAUGCAGAAGGCCCUGUUUGUACAAGGUGUAAAACAAAAGCUGGUGCCUUUGUAUUACCCAGAAGUGAAUCCGGUAGAGCGGUAG